GGUGUGGGUCUCCUCCCCGGUCCCUCCCGGUGGUGUGGUUCCCGGGUCUCCUCCCGGUCGGAGCUCAGUAUGGAGGAGGGAUGGCGGUGGUAGAAGGUGGCGGUGGGGUGGAGGUGUUGCUCCGGGACGGUUGGUAUAAAGUUUGGGGGAAGUUGUCGGAGGUGUCCCUGGUGCUGAGCGCGGACCGCUCCGGGGAUAACAACGGGGUCAGCAAUGGAUCGUUCCGGGGAGACCCCCAACACCCGGAGCCCGCCGUACCGGAGGCGGCGAUCGCCAAUCAGAAGCGGGCGGUGCGGGUGGUGAAGUCGGAGCCGGGCGGGCUCGGGAUCAGUAUAAAGGGAGGACGGGAGAAUAAGAUGCCGGUCCUCAUCUCUAAGAUCUUCCGGGGACUGGCCGCCGAUCUCACCCACUCCCUGUAUGUGGGGGACGCCAUCCUCUCCGUCAACGGGACCGACCUCCGGGACGCCACCCAUGACCAGGCCGUCCAGGUACUGAAGAGGGCGGGCCGGGAGGUCACCCUGGAGGUAAAGUACAUGCGGGAGGCCACGCCUUAUGUGAAGAAAGGAUCCCCUGUAUCAGAAAUCGGCUGGGAAACUCCUCCACCGGAAUCGCCGCGAUUGGGAAUUUCAUCCACCUGUCCGCCAUCACCUUUAUCAUCGCCUGUACUAGGAGACAGAAAGACCAUCCCACUCAAGAUGUGCUUUGUUACAAGAAGCAUGACAGUCCCUGACCCAGAGAACAGACAUCUAGAACUGCAUUCACCUGAUGCCAAGCAUACCGUGGUGCUGCGAGCAAAAGAUCCCGCGGCGGCCCAGACCUGGUUCAAUACCAUUCAUGGAACGGUGACGGAACUUCUCCCCAAGGUGACCGCCGAAGUCCAAAGUCAGCUGGGAAAAAACGGAAUCUCGGGAAGUCAUGAAAUUCGGCACAUGGGCUGGCUGGCAGAAAAGAUCCCGGGAGAGAAUGAAAAGCAGUGGAAGCAAGUUUUACUGGUUGUCACAGAAAAGGACCUCCUGAUGUAUGACAGUAUGCCUCGUAUGAAGGAGGCCUGGUACAGUCCUGUGCACACCUACCCUCUCAUAGCUACCAGGCUAGUCCACUCCGGACCAGGGAAAGGGUUGUCUCUGUUUGGUACGGAGUUUUCCUUUGCAACGCGUACCGGCUCCAGGCAAGGGAUCGAGACCCACCUGUUCAGAGUGGAGACCAGCCGAGACCUCUCACUGUGGACCAGACAAAUUGUACAGGGCUGCCAUAACUCUGCCGAGCGCAUCAAAGAGAUCACCACUCCUUGUACUUACAAGAACCAAGACUGCCGAUUGGUGAUCAAUUACGAGCAUGGAUUCUCUAUCGCCGCGCAGGCUCCCGAUGGUACUUUCACCGAUAUCUUAGAACAAUACUCGUAUGAAAAGCUAAAAAUGUCCUCAGAUGACGGAAUCAAAAUGCUAUUUUUAGACUUUGGCGGCAAGGAUGGAGACGUUCAGUUGGAUCUCCAGUGUUGCCCGAAACCCAUUGUAUUCAUCAUCCAUUCCUUCCUCUCUGCCAAGAUCACACGACUUGGGCUGGUGGCAUGACGGCACCUGAGAACACACACAGGGACACUAGAGACUGUUGACGACAUGGACCUUCUUCGCACCAUGUGCUGUACCAGUGGGGCUCAUGGAGGCCAUUCUAUUCAAAGACUAAUGCCAGCGGUCUCAUGAACCCGAUAGAAGAGGCUCGCUCUAAAUCUGUUUUAUACGAUUGAUAGAUCUGUGUUACUCUGAUGCACUUUAUGUCUGGAAGAAGCACGGAAUGUUCAUAGUAUAUAGCAAUCUCUUUGGAUGGUGGGAAGAACACGUGGAUUUUUUUUUGUGUGAUCCUAAUGCUAAUCUUUAUAUGAAAUCUUUCGUUUUGGAGAAAAAAAAAAGUCUAUGCAUACCCAAAACUUUUUUUUUUAUUUGGAGGGUGUGUGCGAGGGUUGGAAGGCCUAUCAUUGUAUUUCUGUCUGUGUCCCCACUUGGUAGAUUAUUUACCUUUAGCAAAAAGUGUCACCGGGACAGGAAGUGAUAGGAAAUAUAAAAUGUCACCAAAACAAGAGGCAAGGAUAGGAACAGGUGUAUCCGACCUACUACCUCCUGUGUAAUGCCUGAUGAGCCUCAAGAACACAUCACUCAGCCUGGGAAGUCUCUACAAACCUCCAUGUAAAAAAGGGAGAAAGGCUGGUGCCAUGGAAGUCGGCUAAAACAUCAUUCAUGUAAAAAAACAACGUGUUUCGGCCAACAAAAAACAUGAGUAAGGCCAUCAAAAAACAACGCGUUUCGGCCAUCAGGCCUUAAUCAUGACUCACUCUUUCAGUGACAGCUGUCUAAAAGCAGAAUUUCCCCCACUUUUUUUGGGGGGCUUUACUCGUCUUGUCACGUCAUUGACACAGGAAGUGAAGGGAAAUCCCCCCACCCCCCUCCACCCAAUGGGACACAGACAGGAAAAAAAAAUCUGAUGGAGGUUUAAACCCUUCCUUUCUUUAUCCAGCACUAAAGUAAAACGUUUUGGAUAUAUAUACACUUUAACAUAGGGCCUUUAAGGACCACUAUAGCCAAAACUAAAAACGUACACUAUAUAUGCAUUACGUAAAAGAGCUCCUAGUAACAAACUCAGCAUUCUAUGUGGAAGCACACCAGCCCAGACAGAGCAAAGGGAGUUGGCUUUGUCACUAUGCUAUGCAGCCUAUUGCCCCAUGUAAGCUGCCAUGUUGGGCAUAAAAAGGCAACAUAAUCACAGAUGGUAGUUUUAUUCUAUAGGAUGAAUGGACUGAAAGUCAGCCGAGUGUUGCAAAGUAUCACAUCACCACCACUCUGCCAGCUUCAUGUAAGGACUCAUGGAGAUGGAGCCAGUUUGACAUGCGUGAUGCAUGCUACAAGAAGAACUAUCAUCAUACUGUAGAACCAUGGGUGGUAUAGGCUGCCCAUACCAAUAGGAAUGAAUUCUCAGUUUUUCUAAGUACCCCCAUGCACCUUUUUUUUAUAGAUACCUGUUGAUCCUGUCAGUAGAAGCAUUGGAUGGGCACUUCCAUUGGUAGCGUGCCAAGACUAUUUCUUCUGCAGGGAAAUCUCUGUAGUGUUGUCACCCUUGCUGUAAGUGCCUAAAUGUUGGCACUGUUAAUACCCUAUGAGGCCUCUGGCUCUAAUCAGACACUUAAA